UGUAGUGGCCGUUGCCGCUGGCCGGCGGCGCAGAGCGGAGCGGAGCCCGCUCGGGACGUGCUCCCGCACCGGCGGCCGGGACGGGGCGGCCCCGGCUACCACAGCGGCGGCCCCAUGUUUUCCUCCAGCCAGGAGGAGCUGUGCGCGCUGAACAAGGAGCCCGUCAAGUAUGGGGAGCUGGUGGUGCUGGGGUACAAUGGAUCCCUCCCUAAUGGUGACAGGGGGCGCAGGAAAAGCAGAUUUGCCCUUUAUAAACGAUUAAGAGCAAGUGGAGUUAAACCCAGCUCUGUCCAUGUCAUCUCUGCUCCUCAAACUUCAAAGGCAAUCAGCUCAAAAGGCCACCACAGCAUCUCUUACACAUUAUCCAGGACCCAGACAGUUGUAGUGGAAUAUAUUCAUGACAGAGAAACAGACAUGUUUCAGGUUGGGAGGUCUACAGAAAGCCCCAUAGACUUUGUAGUAACAGACACUAUUUCAGGAAAUCAGAACAGUGAUGAAACCCAGAUUACCCAGAGCACCAUCUCCCGAUUUGCCUGCAGGAUUGUUUGUGACAGGAACCCACCAUACACAGCAAGGAUCUUUGCAGCUGGCUUUGACUCGUCUAAAAAUAUAUUUCUUGGUGAAAAAGCAGCCAAGUGGAAAAACCCUGAUGGCCACAUGGAUGGAUUGACAACCAACGGGGUGCUGGUGAUGCACCCCAAGGGAGGCUUCACAGAGGAGUCCAAGCCCGGGGUGUGGAGGGAGAUCUCUGUCUGUGGGGACGUCUACACGCUCCGGGAGACCAGGUCUGCUCAGCACAGGGGCAAACUGGUAGAAAACGAGACCAACGUCCUGCAGGACGGCUCCCUGAUCGACCUGUGCGGGGCCACCCUGCUGUGGCGGACGGCGGACGGGCUCCUGCACUCGCCGACGCAGAAACACAUCGAGGCGCUGCGGCAGGAGAUCAACGCCGCCCGGCCCCAGUGCCCCGUGGGCUUCAACACCUUGGCCUUCCCCAGCAUGACCCGCAAGGACGUGGUGAAGAAGGACGUGGAGGAGAAGCAGCCCUGGGCCUACCUCAGCUGCGGCCACGUGCACGGCUACCACAACUGGGGCCACCGCAGCGACACGGAGGUGAACGAGCGCGAGUGCCCCAUGUGCAGAACCGUUGGCCGCUACGUGCCUCUGUGGCUGGGCUGCGAGGCCGGCUUCUACGUGGACGCCGGGCCCCCCACGCACGCCUUCACCCCCUGUGGACACGUGUGCUCGGAGAAAACUGCCAAAUACUGGGCCCAGAUCCCUCUGCCUCACGGCACUCACGCCUUCCACGCCGCCUGCCCCUUCUGCGCCACGCAGCUCACCGGCGACAACUGCGUCAAGCUCAUCUUUCAGGGCCCCAUCGACUGAGGAAGCGCACGGAAACGACCACAAUAAAAGUUUUUCUGAACGGUUUACUGUGAAGAUUUUUUUGCCACUAAUUCUAGAUUUUACCUUUUUUUAUAAUGUUGUUAAUACAGGGGGGGUGGUAGGGUUGGGGAUGGGGGAAGCGAUGAGGAGAUGGAGGGACCGUGGUGGGAUUGGGAUACAUUGAUACCUGGAACUCGACAGAUAUCAGUGGUGGUGCAUGCUCGAAAGCAGCAUAUUCAUGGAGUCUUCUUGGUCAAAUUGUAGUAUAUUUGUAAUCUUUUUAUUAGUACCCUGGAUCAGAAAAAGGUGUCUUAAAAUGAUUUUUUUAAGCUAAGAUUUUUUAAUGGAAAGGUUUUUUCUUCUAAACUUUGACAAGCCUUUAAAACCUAUUUUUCAAAUCUAGAAGGAACAUACAGAAUGUAUCUGUCUUUAAUUUGCAAUAUAAUUUAACUUGAAUAGUUUCUCAAGGAGCAAAUACAGAAUGUGUGGACAACCAUAGGUGAAUGUUCACUAGAGAUAAUUGGAUAUGUAAGAGAAAAAUUAGCUGCCUAAAGUGUAGAGGAUAAAAGCUAUUAAAAUAACUAUUAUGGUAUAACACAGCUGGCCAAAAAGGCAUCAAAGAUUACUUGAAACUGAGGAAAUCCUGUUUGCAUUGAUUUCCUUUCAGUGUAGUAGAUAUCCACUGGCUAUUAGGUAUGGGAGAUGGCUCAUUAUUUUUUGCUUUGUUUUUUUUUUUCCCAUUUAACCUGCAUCUGGUGAAACCACUUUGCUCUUUUCCAUACUUGGCUCUGGGGUUUAAGCUGAUGUUCAGUGUAUGUGUGGUCUGGCCUUCGUAUUUCUGCUUUGCUUGCCCUCAGUGCUCCUUCCCCAGGACCUUUGGGUGAGUGGAGGCCACAGAUUCCCAAAAUGGUUUGGGUUGGAAGGGACCUCAAAGCUCAUCAGUCCCACUCCCUGCCAUGGCAGGGACACCUUCCAGUGUCCCAGGGUGCUCCAAGCCCUGUCCAGCCUGACCUUGGACACUUCCAGGGAUCCAGGGGCAGCCACAGCUUCUGUGGGCACCCUGAUGGAGCCAGAGGUGUGUCCAGGCUUUGCUGCAGUGAUGAAGGGUGGUGCCACAGCAGGAGGUUUAGGUACAGCUGGUGCAGAAUUUAUUUCCAUAAACCUGAAUUCAGGAGAGCACUUAGUCUGUCUUUAAAUCUGAGCCCAUAGCUGGGACUGUUGAGAUUCUCAAGAGCUUCAGUGCAUUGUGGUUAUUUGCUGUUAUGUUUUGAAAUAAAGAAAAAAAAAGCAAUUUAAAAUAAGUUAUUUUUUAAGCUCACUUUAAAGCAUUUUCACUAGAAGGGAGAGCAUCAUUUCCACUUCAGCUGAGCAUUUUUGUUCACUUUUCAACUUGCUGCCAUCUGUCACCUUUUCUUUUGCAGAUUGAGUUGUGUUUGUAUCUCUUUUUCCCCCCAAAUGUUUGCAAAUCAAACAACAUUCAAAUGUAAUCAAAUAUAUGCACUGGGGUGGUACAUCUGAAGUGGAUCACUUGAAAUUCGUGACUUUUUAAGAGAGCUGAUAAAUGUUUACUAUGGAAAUAAUUAAAUCAGAAUUUCAUAUGAGGUGUACCCUGCCCACUCUUAGGCUCAUUUCAUGCAGAAUGAGAACUCUCUGAUUUGUGGGGUUUUUUUUCCUUUAUGCUUUCUGUACUCUUGGUAUCUGAGGUAUCAAUCUAUCCAGGUUUUAAAAAAAUAAUUUGGGAGAAAUCUAUAACAUCUCUAGAUGAAAUUGAUCAUUCAAGCUCAGUUCUGUUUAAUCAACUAUAGCUUUUUGCUAUAUUUGUGCCCUUUGUAUAAAUAUAUAAUUUAUAUGAUUUUAAUAUAUUCUGUAUAUAUAUAUACUUGAAUUGGCCUGUUCAUAUUUUGGUUGUAAAAUUGUUUUAUAGUUAACCUUAUAAACAUUUUACAUGUCCCUUGACAA